ACGUAUUGGUUUGACAAACAUUUAGCAUUGGCCACAGGGAUAGGCGUUUGCGGGUCUGGUAUAGGAAUAGCUAUAUUCGCGUUACUGUCGGAUCACUUGAUAGAGACGUACGGCUGGAAGGGAGCGAUGCUUCUGUUGUCGGGCCUUAUGUUCAGUUGUGUCGCCUUUUCGUCGCUCUUUCGGAAAGUGGAUUACAUGGAGGAGAAGAGUCACCUCAAGACAGCCCUCACUGAGACCUUUGACUUCCGUAUCCUCACGGAUGUGGUGUUCGUAUACUUCGCUUUCGUCAUCUUCUUGUGCGGCGCCGUCUACUACGUGCCCAUCAUUUUCCUGAAAGACCACGUCGUGAAGACAGGAAUGGGAACGGGAGGGGAUGCCGUCAAUCUCAUGGUGUUCUUCGGUCUCUCCAACGCUUUCGGCAGAGCUUUCAUCGGAUAUAUCGCAGACUUUCUAUCACUUAAUCGUAUUAUACUCUUCGGUCUGUCUUUCCUGUCAUACGGUGUGGCCAUUGGUUUGAUCGCUGCUUUCGGACAAAACUAUACACUUCUCAUCGUUUUAAUUAUUAUUUUCGGUUUGGCUGAAGGUGCUUUUAUUACUCUAUUGCCGGUAGUUGUGGUGGACUUGUUUGGCAUGGAAAGGAUAACCAAUGCAUUCGGACUCAUUCUAUUGAUUAUAGACUACAAUAUU